GCCAGAGGGAGGCCGCCGAUCGCAGUUUCUUUGAGAGGAAGGACUUGGAUUUUCACGCAGACCGGCGAUCGCUGGUUCAGUACGCUAUCGACUGUCGAAGCUAGCGGACGUGCUCGCGCGGCGCUUUCGCUUCGUUUUGUGUGUUGGGAAAGUGAGACUGGUGAUUGUGAAAAAUUAUGAGGAAAAGUUCAUUUGAAAACGGAAUAAGACAAAAUAUUUAGUGGAAAAAAAAGUUUGGGAAAAAAGUGACAAAAAACAACAAAAGUGAGAAAAUUGAAAAAGAUAUCAGUGUCACACAAAUAGGAAACAAAACGAAGUAAAACGAUUGGAAAAAAAAAAGCAUCAAACAAAAUUCAGUGACUGUGAUUGACAGUGCAAGACACAGAAAUCAAGUGACAUUCGAUCUACCGAGUGUGUCGAUUGUUCAUCCAAGUAGACAGCAAAGCCGCGCAGCAGUCACAGCACGCUAGAUCAUCUCAGAGAUCUAGAACGAGUCGCCGCCACCGCAACAUAACGAAUCAAUUGUGUCCCAGUCUUUGUGCAGCCAACAGAAGAAGAAAAGACAGAAUCACUUGACAAAAAAAAAAUCGUCAGAAUAAUUGGAUUAAGCUCGACGGAUCACACCGAGGGUUAACCUUUUAACCUGGGAUUACGUACUCCGGAGCGGAUACAGCGAUCGACACCGGACCUUUUCAACAGGUUACUCAACUAAAAUGUCUGACUAGGUCACCGAUCCCGACGUAAUGCCAUCGAUAGUGCUAAUUUAGGUGACAGCUAGUGCCAAAAGUGCCUGUUGUAUUUACCAAUAUGGAAGUGUGCAACUGAACGUCAAGUGUACCCGACAACAACAACAGCAACAAAGUGCAAUGUUUUAACCAAUUUGACUCGCUAGAGAGUGGUGUUGCAAAGUUGGCUAGCAGAAGAAAAAGAAGAAGGAAGAAUCCAAAAUGGCAAACCAAGUGCUAACCAUUGUGACAUUUACGACGCUGCUGAUCGCGCGGAUUGAACCCGUUUCAACGUACAAGAUCUCAUCAGCCGAUCCGGACGUGAUACGGAUAAAUCUCGGACACAAACGACUCGUGAAGGAAACGGUUCCCCUGCAUUCGAAGCUGCUGAUCAAAUGCAACUUUGAUGCACCAUCGUGGUUCAAGAAUGGAAACCCCAUCACGACCGACAACCGGCGAGCGAAAUCCCUCAAGUUCAACUCGAUCAAGAAGACCGACGCCGGCUACUACUCGUGUGGCUCCGAGUACGCCGAGUGGUCCAACCUGACGCUGUCGGUGUUCAGCCAGCACGAGGCCGCCGACCACUACCAGAGCGACUCGCCCGGCUCUGGCUCCGGUAACGUUGCCAACCUGGAGAAGAAGAGCCUUUCGUCGGCGGCGGUGGUGGUGUCACCGCUUCAGCAGAACGAGCUCUCCGAGGACCUGCCGGUGUUUGUGGUCGGAAGUCGCGAUCACGUGGCCACGGUUACGAAGCGGGAGGGGGAGUUUUAUCGGUUGCGGUGUGAGGUCGCGGGGGAGCCCAAGUUUCGGAUCAGCUGGAGCAAGGACGGGGAGGUGUUCAACUCGAAGACGGGGAACCGGUCGAACGUUUCGAUGGAUAAGCUGACGGUCGCGGAUAAUGGGGUGUAUGUGUGCCGGGUGUGCAAUGGGCACGUUUGUGUGAACAGUACGACGAAGGUUGAGGUGCUGGUGGGGGAUUCGGAGGAGCCGAUCAUCAGCUAUAACAAUAUGGAGAAGCACUCGCAGGUGUCGAACAGCGACGAGCCGGUUGGGGUGGACUACGUGGACGAUCAUAACGGGGAGGAUUACGACGAAGAGGAGGUUGGUGAAGAGGAGGUUGAGGAUGAGGAAGACGAGGGGGUUGUUGGGGGUCCGUUGAAGGGGUCGGUGCAUGAAACCAGUGAGACUACGGAGAAUCAACCGGUGGUGGGGGGUUCCGGGGGCGAUCUACCUCCUGGGAAGCCGUUCUUCACCAAGCCGGAUCAGCUGGUGAGCCUGAUGCCGAAGCCUUCGGGGAAUAUGGUGCGGUUGCGGUGUCCGGCCGCCGGUAACCCGAUGCCGAACAUCACCUGGACCAAGAACGACACCGCCGUCCAGCGGAACAUGGGCUCGGUGAAGUACGCCAAGUGGUCGAUCGUGCUGGAGGAUCUGGUCGAGGCGGACAGCGGCCAGUACACGUGCAACGUAUGCAACGUCCACGGCUGCAUCCACUUUACGACGACGCUGAAGGUUAAAGAUCGCUUCCCGGCGAGACCGUACAUAAAGGAGGGCUACCUGGUGAACACGACCGUGCUUGUCAACUCGACGGCCCAGCUCGAGUGCCGCACGAUCUCCGAUCUCGAGCCGCACAUCGAGUGGAUCAAGUUUAACGUUGACGUGGAGAACCCGGUCAUUCCGAAGAACAUGACUAAGCUAGAGCGCGACGCCGACAACCCGGAGGUGUUGACCCUGUACAACGUGACCCACGAGGACGAGGGCUGGUACACGUGCGUGGCCGCCAACACGCUCGGCUCCUCGCUCGAGAAGGCCUACCUGCGCGUCGUGGACGAACUGCCCGAGGAUGACAUUCCGACGGCGCACCCCGUGCGCCACCACUCGACGCUGAUCACCGUCAUGACCAUGGUACUAUCGGGCUGCUUUAUGGUGCUCGCGAUCAUCGUGGUGAUCGUGUGCAAGAAGCUGAAGCGCGAAAAGAUGAAGCACCGCGCCAUGGAGCACGUCAACCAGUGGACCAAGAAGGUGAUCGUGCUGAAGCAGCCACCGGUCGAGAACAGCAUCCCCGGGGUGACGGACGCCAUGCAAAUGCCGAUCGUGCGCAUUGAGAAGCAGCGAUCGACGCUGGUUCAGAGUGGCAACUGCGACCCGGCGCUGAUCUCGGAGUACGAGUUCCCGAUCGACCUGAACUGGGAGUUCCCACGGAACAAGCUGCUGCUCGGGAAGAGCUUGGGUGAAGGUGCCUUCGGCAAGGUCGUCAUGGCGGAAGCUCAGGGUUUGGUGAAGGGACAGGCGUCGACCGUGGUCGCAGUCAAGAUGUUGAAGGAGGGUCACACGGACGCCGACGUCAAGGACCUGGUCUGCGAGAUGGAGGUGAUGAAGAUGAUUGGCAAGCACGUCAACAUCAUCAACCUGCUCGGCUGCUGCUGCAAGGACGGCCCACUGUACGUAAUCGUGGAGUACGCCCCGCACGGCAACCUCAAGGACUUCCUGCGGGGUCACCGCUUCGGCACUGCCAACUACGAGGACUUGAUCAGCGGCGUUGGCUUCGGCGGCGACAAGGAGAAGAAGAUCCUCACCCAGAAGGAGCUGAUCUCGUUCGCGUAUCAGAUCGCGCGCGGCAUGGAACAUCUGGCGUCGCGAAGGUGCAUUCAUCGCGAUUUGGCAGCGCGGAACGUGCUGGUUAGUGACGGGUAUGUGAUGAAGAUCGCCGAUUUCGGGCUGGCGCGCGACAUUCACAGCCAGGAGUACUACCGGAAAACGACCACGGGCAAGCUGCCGAUCCGCUGGAUGGCGCCCGAGUCGCUGGAGGAAAAGUUCUACGACUCGCAGAGCGAUGUUUGGUCGUUUGGAGUACUACUCUGGGAGAUUAUGACCCUCGGUGGCAACCCGUACUCGUCGAUCCCGACCUGGGACAACCUGCUGGAGCAUCUCAAGAAGGGAAAGCGACUGGAGCAGCCGCCGCUCUGCUCGAUAGACAUCUACCUGUUCAUGCGCGAGUGCUGGCACUACCGGCCCGAGGAGCGGCCCACCUUCAGCGAGAUCGUCCAGCAUCUGGACCGGCUCGUCAGCAUCACCUCGAACGAGGAGUACCUGGAUCUGGGGCUGCCCCUGCUCGAGACGCCCCCGUCCAGCGACGAUGACGAGGAGGACGACGACGACGGGGACGCGCUGGACGAGCCGGACGGUCGGCAGGCCGAGCGGAUGCGGAUGUACCCGUUCAGCCAUCACCACUUUAGUCAUCACACCACCGAGAGUAGUUUUUAGAAAUGUGCGGGUGAAGCAACGAAUCACAAAGAGCGAAUUUAACCCUGUACUACAAACUACAAGAGACUAGAAGAGAGAGUGAAUGUGUGAGUGCUUUGCAUGAACGAGAGUUGUUAUUUGUUAAGAACAAGCACAAGACUGUAUUUAUUUGAAAAGAUGUGUAUUAUAUAGCUGCAUAAGAACAAAUCCAGAGAGUGGGGGACACUAGUCAGGAAGUCCCGCUGCAGAAAUCCAUGACGUGAAAACGCAACGGCCAUAACAGAGAGAAAUCAAAAUCACGUGUCCAUAUUAGAAACUAAGCCAUCACGCAUUCAGUGUAAAUAGACUUGCAAUCAACCUUAGAGUUUUAAGGCAGCUUAAGUUAUGUUAGAAUUUAUCGACAAACAAACAAAGUAUAGAGAAAAAAAAACCAAAGCGAACCGAAUCGAUUCGAGCAAUACUCAACGCAACCAUAAUUUGAUGUUUCUAGCGUGUGUGUCAAUAAGUCAGAGUUGCAAUACUAGCCUGUACUACCUUCCUACC